GUUUACGUGCUUACAUACGAAAUGACGGAACACAUACAACCGCUUCUGCAAUCCAUGACAAUUUCGGUGAAGGAAAACUUGCACCCUUAUGACGAAAAUCACGAGACGUUCGACUGCUAUUUACAAAGGCUCGAUAACCACCUACAACUUAAGAAGAUCGAUGAUUCAACCGCGGAAAGAGAUAAAACCUACGUACAAAUAUUGAUCAGCUGUCUUAGUCCGAAGAUUUACCAGACACUUACAAAGCUUACGGCACCUGAUCUACCAAAUUCUAAAAGUUACAAGGAACUCAUUAAAAUGCUAAAAGAGCAUUUAGCCCCACAAGCGAGCAUUAUAGCCGAACAGCACAAAUUUUCAUUACGUACACAACAUGAGGGGGAAACAAUUGCUAAUUACGUGGCCGAAUUACGGAAAAUGACUACAAAUUGCAACUUUAAAUGUGAAAACUGUAGUAAAUCGACUAUCAAUACGCAUUUACGCACUCAAUUCAUACGAGGAAUUCGCGAUAGUGAGAUACGAGAGAGAUUACUGCAGCAGAAGUCAACAGCCACAUUCGAGGAGAUAGUACAGAUCGCAAAUUCGUUGGAAAUGUCGAAGAAAGAAGCAAGUGAGAUGCAGAGAACUGAGUUGGAGGUACAUGCAUCCGAGUAA